AUGGUGACAGUGCGAAGUGAAAGUAAUCUCAAGAACGCCACCAUGAAUCACGAUCCUUUUGCAUGGGGUAGACCAGAUGAUAACGUUUAUGGUAAAUACAAUCAAUCAAUUGCACAAGCCAAGAACAAUGAAUUAGAUGCAUUCCCUAAAAUGCAUACCCAGCAACCAAUUAUCACUGGUACUUCAGUGUUAGGUAUUAAAUAUAAGAAUGGGAUAAUAAUGGCAGCAGAUAAUAUUGGGUCAUAUGGAUCAUUAUUAAGAUUUAGUAACAUCGAAAGAAUAAUCAAAGUUGGUUCAGAAACUGUUGUUGGAGUUUCAGGAGAUAUUUCAGAUUUCCAACAAUUGGAAAGAAUUUUAGAAGAAUUAGUUAUUAGUGAAGAAAAUUAUGAUAAUCAAGGAGAAAAUAACUUGAGAGCACCUCAUGUCCAUGAAUAUUUAACAAGAGUUUUAUAUAAUAGAAGAAAUAAAAUGAAUCCAUUAUGGAAUUCUAUAAUUGUUGGAGGAUUUGAUAAUGAUAAAACCCCAUUUUUAAAAUAUAUUGAUUUAUUAGGAGUUACUUAUGGAUCAUCAACAUUAGCAACAGGAUUUGGAUCAUAUUUAGCUAUUCCAUUAUUAAGAAAAUUAAUUCCAGAUGAUAAAGAUUAUAGUAAUAUUGAAGAAGAAGACGCAAAAAAGGUUAUACAAGAAUGUAUGAGAGUUUUAUUUUACAGAGAUGCAAGAUCCGGAGAAAAAUUCACCUUAGUUACCGUAAAUGAUGAAGGGGUUAAAUUUGAAAAAGAUGUCGAAGUUACCGGACAAAGCUGGGAAUUUGCCAAAAAUUUAGUUGGUUAUGGUAGUAAACAAUUAUGA